AAUCGCGACACACAAGUAACUGCGAGUACCGGGCCGGGUGUCCCCGAUGCUCACGCCGAGCCCCGCGCGGCAGCAGCUCCUCCCCGCGCGGCCUCCAGCACGUCCGAGCCCCUCCCGCCCGGAGCGGGGCAGGACGCGGCGAGGGCAGCGCGGAGCGCCCGCGGCUCCAUGUGCUCAGCGCGGGGGCCGCGCCCGCCCGCGGCUGCAGCAGCGGCAGCUCGGGUACGGCUCCCACAGCCCGCUACGCCACCAAGGGCGGAGAGAAGAGCGACAAGGCCGCGGCCGCCACCCCGGGCCCGCAGGAGCCCCUGCGCCGGGCAGGGCCCCGUGGGCACAUGGCCGCUGCACCAGGACACGCGCAGCAAGGCAGGAAAAGCAUUUAGGAAAUUUCUUCCCCUCUUUGAUCGUGUGCUGGUUGAGCGAUGUGCGGCUGAGACAGUAACCAAAGGAGGAAUCAUGAUACCAGAAAAAUCCCAAGGGAAGGUACUACAGGCAACAGUAGUAGCAGUUGGAUCUGGAGGCAGAGGAAAGAAUGGCGAGAUUCAGCCAGUGAGUGUAAAAGUUGGUGAAAAGGUUUUGCUCCCAGAAUAUGGUGGUACUAAGAUCAUACUGGAAGAUAAGGACUACUACUUGUUUAGAGAUGGUGACAUUCUUGGGAAGUAUGUGGACUAAAUUUGUUGCAGUAUCAGUCAUCCAUUCCACUAAAAUGCUGAAAUUUUUCUUUCAUCAUGUAAAUAAUGUCCUUUAUUUUAUAAUAAACAGGCAUUGAGUCUUUGAAAUAACUUGUGAUCUCACUGUAAUGAUGGAACACAAAUAAAAAUAUGUACAGUCAGAAACCAGUUGCUCUUGCUUGAGUUCCAUUGAACAGUGAAAUUUGGAUGACCACCAACCAGCCUUAAUUCUAAGCAGCAUCAUUUUAUAUCCUUAUCUCUGUACUGAGAUUGUAAAGGUCUUUACAAUAAACUUAUAAAACUG